GAAAAAUGAUCCGAUCCAGCCCAAACUGACGUGGGAAACCAAAAAUCCCAAGCUCAGGGAAACUCCACAGAGGAAAGGCGCACACACAUAGCCCACCCAACACUAGCUUGUAUAAAUACUGUCAAAAAUAAAUAAUAAAAUAAAAACGAUUUUUAAAACCAUGGCUUGGCUGGUAAUAAAAUCUAGUACUAUAAUAUAGAGAAGAAAAAUACGACGAUGAGAAUAUAGAAGAACCCCAAUCAAAACGGCAAUUCCGCAAAACAGCACCGAAAAAAAAAAAACUAAAAAUAAAUAAAAAUAAAACCCUAGUUUUUUGAAACAAAAUGAUAUCGAUGAUGAUGAUGACGUGAGCGUACGAUGGCUAGGGAACACAAAACAAGCGCGCAACUUUGGGGUACGUUAGAGGAGCUUCUCCUAGCCUGUGCCGUCAACCGCCAUGGCACUAACAGCUGGGACUCCAUCGCCUUGGAACUACAGAACCGGAGAAUCUGUUCUUCCUCUUCUUCUCUUCUUCCUUCUUUCACUCCUCAACUCUGUCAAGAUAAGUUUAUGGAUCUUAAACGACGCUUCAUAUCCCCCAACGACGCCGCUUUUUCCUCGAGUUUGGUUGACCAGCUACGGAGGAUUCGUGUCGAAGAGCUUCGUCGGGAGGUUCAACAACGUGACGUCUCGAUCGUGUCGCUGGAAUUGAAGGUCAAGAGAUUGGUGGAGGAAAGAGAGAGGAGUUUGAAAGACGAGACAGAUCUGGAUGACCGGCAGAAUAACUUACCGCCACAGAUCAUCGCCGGUAAACACACCGCCGGUGAGGAUUCCGGUGAUAUUGGUGAUCGAUCCUUCAACGAGUCCAACUCCACUAGUCAAAAACCUGAGGAUGCCACGACGACGACGACGACAACGACUACUAUCGUUAAAGACGAACAAAACGAUGAGGGGGAAGUAGUAGGACAGAAAAAGGCACAAGUUAAAACAGAGCCGGUCGAACCGGGAGCGGCGAAUGAGUCUGAUCUAGUUCGAACCGGGAAAGGGCCGGGUAAUGAACGAGUAAAUGGCGAAGAACCUAAUAAUAAGAAGCAGAUGAGUGACGUACAAAGUUCGUCGAGCUUGUCGAAGAAGAAACGUCGUAGUGGUAGUAGUAGAGGUGAAAGUAGCAGCGGAGAGGAGCGUGAGGAAAAUGAGUUUUCUCCCGCCAAGAUGAGAGUCUCGGCGGUGAAGCCUGAGUCCUUGAUUAGGCUCCUCCGGAUCAUCCGCUCUCAUCGGCUAGGCUCGGCUUUCGACCGCCGCCAACGGAGUCAGGAAUCUGAAAGGUACAAAAACCUCAUUAAGCAGCAUAUGGAUCUCCAAAGAAUUCAAUCCAGGCUUGAUAAAGGUGUCUACUCUGGUUGCACCACAAAGUUCUUCAGGGAUCUCCUUCUCUUAUUCAACAAUAUAACUGUUUUUCACCGCCAAACGUCUCCAGAAUAUAUUGCUGCUCAAGAACUUCGGGCUUUGGUCUUGAAGGAAAUGAGCGAUAAGCUUCGAAAACAUUCUCUUCAACUUAUGACUUUAAAGCCCGAAACUGACCAGCCCCCCGUAUCUCUCUCGAAACCCAACAAAUCUUCUACGAUAGUUGCAUGCAGUAAACGUAGUUCUAUCAAGGCAUUAGCCCAGAAUGCUACGAGGAGAGGAGAUAAAAAGGAAAGAGAAAUUGAGGAGAAACCAAAGGAAACUGAGAAGGUUGAUACUAGUUCUUUUGUCGGGAUUGAUGACAAAGGCAUUGGGAAGAAAAGAAGUAAAGAAAGAGCGGUUUCAGGCCGCAGAAACUCAUUAAGAGCAAGCAGCAAGAAUGGGGAGACAAAGCAUGAGUAUGGUGGUAAUGAGCUUAGCUCUCAUGAUGCUCUGGAGCUCAAGGUGGAUAAGAAAGAAAACAUGGCUAGAAAGAAACAAGGCGCGGCAAGUUUCUUGCAAAGAAUGAAGCAAAACUCACCCAGUAAAGUGACAGAGAAAGAUGAUAACAAUGAUUAUGAUGACGACGACGUCGACGAUUCGGAUGAUGAGAGUAAAGAUAGUAAAGAGAAGGCGAGGGGUAGGAGGAGAGAAGUCAAGAGGGUAACACGGAGUUCAGGUGGAAGAGGAGCGAGAGAGGAGAGUGGAAGGGUGAAGAGAGGGGUUGGGAGGCCAUCAAAGAGGGCUGCAGCGGAGUCGACGACCGGAAAGAGAGGGAGAGACAACGUUGAGAAUGAGGUGGGAGUGGGGGGUACUGGGAGGGCUAGGAAACGUUCUAGAAGGUGAUGGUAAGUAUGUUGUAUAAUGUAUAAUAUAAUAGUAUUGAUUGUGUUCUCGUUUUGGCUCUUUGUUUUGGUUUUCAUGCGUUUUAAGUCUCUGACUCUAGUGUUUUUACUUAACUAGAGGUAGAGGGAAGAAUCAAAAGAGAAAUCUAAAAUAGUUUGAAAAUGUUGUGGCACUUUUGUAGAACGUUUUUAUGGUUGGCAGCCAUUUGGUGUACGCAGCAUGCGCAGAUGAAUGAUAGGUUUUUUUCUUUUUUUUUUUUUGACUAAAUGAAUGAUAAGCUCGUCUUAGAA